AUGGUUUUAUCUAAACAUCUCAGUCCAUACGAUUUAGAAUAUACAGUUUUAAAAGAUAUUCCAAAAAUCAAUUUAGAACCAGAUCAAUUUAGUGAUGCAUAUGAAUCACAAAAAUUAAUUCCAAGAUUUGAAAUACCUUUUAAAUCAAGUGAUCAACAUUUAAUUUAUAAAUAUAUAAAUCAAGAAUUAACAUUAGAUGGUUCUCCAACAUUAAAUUUAGCAUCAUUUGUAAAUACUUAUGUUGAUGAUAUUCAAACUAGAUUAGCUGCUGAAAAUUUAACAAAAAAUUUAGCUGAUAAUGAUGAAUAUCCAAGUUUAAUUGAUAUACAAAAUAGAUGUAUUACAAUGUUAAGUAAUUUAUGGCAUGCUCCUCAUACUAUAGAUAAAGUUACUGGUGAAAAAAUUGUAAAUUCUUUAGGGACAGCAACAACUGGUUCAUCAGAAGCUAUUAUGUUAGCAGGAUUAGCUUUAAAAAAAAGAUGGCAAGAAAAAAGGAAAAAAGAAGGUAAAAGUACUGAAAAUCCAAAUAUUUUAAUGGCUACUUGUGCUCAAGUUGCGUUAGAAAAAUUUGCUGUUUAUUUUGAUGUUGAAAAUAGAUUAAUUCCAAUUAAUGAAUCAAGUGGUCAUUUAAUUGAUACAACAAAAAUAAAAGAAAAUGUUGAUGAAAAUACUAUAGGUAUAUUUGUUAUUGUUGGAUCAACUUUUACAGGAGCUUUUGAACCAGUUGAUGAAAUUUCAAAAAUUUUAGAUGAAGUUGAAAAAGAAAAAGGUUUAGAUAUUAGAAUUCAUGUUGAUGGAGCAAGUGGAGCAUUUGUUGCACCUUUUUCUUUCCCAAAUUUAAAAUGGGAUUUUUCAAUUGAUAGAGUUGAUUCAAUAAAUACUUCUGGUCAUAAAUUUGGUAUGACUUCAGUUGGAUUAGGUUGGGUUAUUUGGAAACAUGAAGAAUUAUUACCAAAACAAUUAAGAUUUAGUCUUGAUUAUUUAGGUGGUGUUGAAGAAACUUUUGGAUUAAAUUUUUCAAGACCUGGUUUCCCAGUUAUAUUACAAUAUUAUAAUUUUUUAACAUUAGGUAAAACAGGUUAUGCAAAAAUAUUUGAUGGAUGUUUAUCAAAUGCAAGAUUAUUAUCUGAUUAUUUAAUUAAAACUAAAUAUUUUGAAGUUUUAUCUGUAAUUCAUGAACCAAUAAGUGAAGAAGAACUGAAAAAAAUAUAUAUUAAACCAAGUCAUCAUGAUUUAUCUGAUGUUUGGACAAUAAAUCAAAAAUUUAAACCUGGAUUACCAGUAGUUGCUUUUAGAUUUAGUAAAGAAUUUAGAACAAAAUAUCCAGAAGUUCCUCAAGAAUUAUUUUCUUCAUUAUUAAGAAAAAGAGGUUUUAUUGUUCCAAAUUAUCAUUUACCUCCAGAUCAAACAGAUAUUGAAAUUUUAAGAGUUGUUGUUAGAAAUAGUUUAGGUAUGUCAUUGUUGGAGAAGCUUACUCAUGAUUCAACUGAAAUUAUUGAAUUAUUAGCAAAAGCUGCUGAUACUGUUAGAUCAAUUAUUUCAAGUUCAAAUGAUGAACAAAAUAAACAAGAUAUUCAUAGAUUAUUAUUAGCUAUUGCUACUGGUGGUACUGCUGAAAUUAGAAAAGAACAAAAAGAAACUCAUAAUAAAGAUGCUGGACUUGAUAAAAAAUCUUAUCGUGGUACUUGUUAG